AUGGAUAUUCUUCAAAGACUCGGUAUCCCCUUACCAAUUGCCACCGGAGCUUUAGGUCUCAUCAUAGCACUCAUCGCAGGCAUGGGCUUAUUCGGGCGAAAGAACCAGAUGCCCGUCGAUGGCCGGACGGUGCUCAUAACUGGCGCCUCCGAGGGCAUGGGCCGCAGUGCCGCCGUCCAGCUCGCUGCCAAGGGUGCCCACAUCAUCCUCGUGUCGCGCAAUGUCGGCCGUCUCGAGGAAGCCCUCGCCGAGGUCAAAGCCGCCGCCUCCUCCCCCGCCACCCAGCGCUUCACCUACAUCUCCGCCGACGUCUCGGAGCCGGACUACGCAUCGGCCGUAAUCGCCGAGGCCAUCGCCUGGAACGGCGGCCGCAGCCCGGACAUCGUCUGGUGCAUCGCCGGCAUGUCCACACCCUUACUCUGGACCGACGACAACGCCAUGGCGGCCGCGCGCCGCAACAUGGACGUCAACUACUUCGGCUCGGCCGAGAUGUCGCGCGCCAUCCUGCGGGAGUGGCUCAGCCCGGAGAGCCGCGCUAGCACCGACGGCACCGCCCGGCCCGAGCCCAAGCACAUCGUCUUCACAGCAUCAGUCCUAGCGCUGUUCGCCAUCGUCGGGUACGGGCCGUACACGCCAUCCAAGUGGGCGCUGCGCGGGCUGGCCGACACGCUGGCGAUGGAGGUCAACCUGUACCCGGACACCCCCGUCAAGGUGCACGUGGUGUUCCCCGCGACCAUCACCAGCCCGGGGCUCGAGCGCGAGAACCAGACCAAGCCCGGGAUCACGACCGAGCUGGAGAAGGACGAGCCGCCCGAGACGCCCGACACGGUCGCGCGCCGCGCCAUCGCCGGCCUCGAGCGCGGCGAGUACUUUGUGGCUGUCUCUUUUCUCGGCAACCUCAUGCGUUGUGGUGUCAUGGGCGGGUCGCCGCGGAACAGCUGGCUGUUUGAUACGCUGCUGGGGUGGUGGGUGCCGGUGAUUUACUUUUUUGUGCUGCGCGCUAUGAACGGGCAGCUGCUCAACUACAGCGAUCCCUACCGACACCAGCCCAUCGCAGCUGUCCCGAGGACCAUUUUGAUAUCCCGUUCGGGCACGAGCAUGAAAUCGUCCGUCAUCCGCUCGCAACGCGGUCGACCAAGUAAGGUGACGAAGUCGGCCCCUUCGCCACGCGGCCGCACCCCGCGCCAGGUGGCAGCACAGUUGGCUGCCCAAGAAGACCACACCCACUCCCAGAAUCACAACCACAUCCACUCUCACCCCCACGGACACGCUCACGACUUGUCCGACGAGCUCAAGGGUGAUCCGGCUUCCGUAUUUGAUAGCGUGAGGAUGGGCGCUGAAGAUUACGCUGCCGCCGCGGCUGCUGCUGCCGUCAUGGACACCGACCUCACCGAGGAUGCCCACGGCGAGGCAGAGGCCGAGGCCGACAUGGACGACGAUGACGGUACCGGGGGCCCUUCCGGGUUGCCACACGUCGACCUCACCGCUGCUAACAUUCUCGCAAACGGCGGUGCCGGGCCGCCGGGGAGCGCCAUGUCUCAGCCCGUCCAAGAGCAGCUCCAGGAAAUGCAGCAGAACUUGGCACACGCCCAGCACGCCCACCAACACCAGCACCAGCACCAGCAUACCCAUCCGCACCAACACCACCAACCGCAAGCCCAGAUGGGUACCCCGCAGCAAAUGCAGCCCGGCCACCAAGGGAUGGAUGGGUCCAUGGUGAAGACGACCGAGGACCUCGCACGCGACUCCGGUUACGGCGACCUUAACGUGGAAAGCGCCCUAGCCAAGCGGCUGGCGAGGGACCCGGGUCAGCGCCUCGCCCAGCAGCGCCGGCCCGAGCAAGUCCUCAACUUGGCGCGGCGCAGCAACGUCGAGGCCCUCUUUGCCCACAUCGCGGGGGAGCCCGCUCGGGUCCCCUGCAAGAACUGCCACAAAGGCCACGGCCCGUGGACCAGCUGCGUAAUAGUCGACGGCCAGAUGUGUGGAAGUUGUGCCAAUUGUUGGUUCAACGCUAGUGGUGCCCGAUGUAGCUUUCAUGAAACGCGCAAUCCGCAGGCUGUCCCACAGCACCCCGCCAUCUUGCCAGCCGCCACCGCUGGCCUGGCCAACGACCCUACCUACCGCUUUGCCACCGCUUCGCACCCGUUACUGCAGCCUCAUGCUCCUGCGAUGGGAGCUGUCAACCAUCCCGGGGGGUUGCUCAUCAACAACCCGGUACUCCAGCAGAUGGUGAACCGAGCCAUGGUCGAGGUCCGCCAGGCUGACAAGCCCACCCGCCAGCUCAUCCAGAUCGAGAUCGCGGCGAAGCAGUUGGCCCUGCAGAUCGUCGAGUGCGAGGAGAUGGUGAAUGGCCAGGAGCCGCCCGGCGGGCCGCAGCAGGUCAUGGGCGACGACUCCGGGGCCUAG